AUGCCAAUGCCACCGAUCGCGCUGAGCAAUGAAGGGUAUCGCGACAGGUUGCGCGGGGAAGUCGACAUGCACAUGGAGCAUAUGUUGGAGGAUUUUCGCAGGUUGCAGACGACCAUGGCCACAGUCUUGAGUGUCAAGCUCGAGCUGGAGAAAGAGAAUGCGAGUCUCAGGGAAAGGCUGGAGUUGACUCCCUCGACGGAGUUGGCCAACUCCCGGAGCGACAUGCCGAAAGCAACACCGAGCUUGCUGUCGGUAGCGCUCCGCGAAGACCUUCCCCCGGAGAAUUUGGAGCUGGAGUUCGCCGAAGCCUUCCCAAAGAAGGUCCACGAGCCCGCUGAGAAAAUGACGCGCCCCGGUUCGUCUGACAGCAAGACGCGCGGGACGCUGGUCAUGCGAGCCGAUUCUGGAGUGGAGCGGGUGCUCAAUGUGUUCACGAAGGAAAAUAUGUGGAUGUUCCUCACACAGACCGCACCUGCAUUGGUGAUCGUGUUGAAUACCUUGGCAAUGGGGGUGGCUGUGGACAACCAUCCCGAGCAUCCCUUCUGGGGCAUCCUGGAGCUCAUGUUCGCCCUGUGCUACCUCAUGGAGUUUAUCCACAAAACGCGUAUGCAGGGGAUCAGGGGCUACUUCCGGGGGCCCGACUGGAAGUGGAACAGCUUCGACUUCUUCUGCCUGCUCCUUUCCUUCACGGACUCCCUAUUAUUUUUUCUGCUCUUGGCGGAAGCCAUCAACUUCUCCAUGAACUCCGCGUCGUUGAUCAAGGUACUCCGUUUGGCGAGAUUGCUCCGAUUGGUCCGCACGCUGCACUAUGAGUUCUUCAAUGAGCUGCGCCUGAUCAUCCUGGGUGUCUUCUCGGGGCUGAGGGUUCUCUUCUGGGCCAUCGUCCUCCUGUUUGUGCUGAUCUACGUGUUUGGAAUCGGCAUGGCAACCAUCGCAGGCCAGGAUCAGGUCGAGUUUGCCACCUUGCAAUCGAGCAUGUUCACGAUAUUUCGAUGCCUCACCGAAGGCUGUGCAGGCUACGACGGCAGGCCUCUCACCGAGACGCUUCGCAUUGAGACUUUCCGAGACUGGUCAGGAGUGAUCAUGAUCUGCUACAUCCUGGUCUUCAUGUUGGUUUCGGUCGGCGUUUUCAACCUCAUCAUGGCGAUUUUCCUCGACAAUGUCGUGAGCCAGCAGAACAUCCGCAAGCAGAAGGAGAUCUCGGAGACCGCUCUGAAAGCCGAAGUGAACAUAAAGCGCGUGGUGGCUCAAAUCAUCAGUGAGGAGGACGGCUGUGACAUCAUCGAGCAGGACAUCGACAAGCUGGAUAUGAGGAGUCAGUCUAAGGUCUUGGAGAGAGCAUUAUCGAAAGCUUCUGUGACAGUGUCGCGCGACAGGUUCUUGACUUGGCUUGACCACGAAGACUUCACUGAAGUCCUCGAGGGGGCUUUCAUAGACACCUCCAUUCGUGCACAGCUCUUCGACAUCCUGGACGCGGAUUCCGGCGGGCUCUUGAGUAUAGAUGAGCUCAUCUCGGGGCUCAUGAGCAUGCGUGGAGAUGUGACCAAAGGUGACAUCAUGGCAAUGAGUUUGAAAGUGCGGUACAUGUGUCAGCUGAUGGAGAACUUGGGUAGCCAUCCUCCCAAGCGCAGAGAGUCAGCUAAACAUGGCUGA